AUGGCUGAUAACUCCAAAUUUAUUGACUACAUUGAUGAAGCUUUGGAAAAAUCAAAAGAAACGGAACUUUCUCGCUUGUUUUUUACCUAUCAGGGGAUUCCUUACCCAGUCACCAUGUGCACCGCAGAAACUUUCCAAGCCUUGGACACCUUUGAAGCCAGAAGUGAUGACAUAGUGCUAGCAUCUUAUCCAAAAUGUGGUUCAAAUUGGCUUCUCCAUAUUGUUAGUGAAUUAAUAAUUGCUGUUUCCAAAAAAAAGCAUGAACAUCCAGAAUUCCCAGUUCUUGAAUGUGGAGACCUAGAAAAAUACCAGAGAAUGAAAAAGUUUCCAUCGCCAAGGAUUUUGGCAACUCAUCUCCAUUAUGACAAAUUACCUAAGUCCAUUUUCAAGAAUAAUGCCAAGAUAUUGGUGUUAUUUCGAAACCCUAAAGAUACGGCAGUAUCUUUUUUCCAUUUCCACAAUGAUGUGCCUGAUAUUCCAAGCUAUAGCUCAUGGGAUGAAUUCUUCAGACAGUUCAUGGAAGGACAAGUUUCUUGGGGAAGCUAUUUUGAUUUUGCAAUGAAUUGGAACAAACAUAUUGAUGAUGCAAAUGUUAAAUUCAUAUUAUAUGAAGACCUGAAAGUGAAUUUGGCCUCUGGAGUAAAACAAAUUGCUGAGUUCUUUGACUUCUCUCUAACUGGGGAGCAGAUCGAAACUAUCUCAGCCCAGAGCACCUUCCAAGCAAUGCGAGCAAGGUCUCAGGAAACACAUGGUGCUGUUGGCCCAUUCCUGUUCCGCAAAGGUGAAAUUGGUGAUUGGAGAAAUUUGUUCAGUGAAACUCAGAACCAGGAAAUGGAUGAAAAAUUCAAAGAGUGCUUAGUAGGCACCUGUCUAGGAGCCAAGCUGAAGUAUGAUUCAUACUGCCAGACUUGAAUGUGGUCACAUCAGCAGACCCCGUAUUUCUUUUCCUUAAUAAUAAUUAAAUCAAAAUUAUGAUAAAUCAGUAAAGUGAUUAAGUAAUGAU